AUGCCCGAGACCAUGGAUUUACCUCCAUUGGAGGAUCUGGAGGUCCGGGAGAUCAAUGUCAGUUCUGCUGUACUGAAGGCUGCCGCCCACCACUAUGGAUCUCAGUGUGACAAGGUCAAUAAAGAGUUCAUGUUAUGUCGCUGGGAGGAGAAGGAUCCAAGAAAAUGUCUUCAAGAGGGCAAGAGAGUGAAUGAGUGCGCCCUGGAGUUCUUCAGAAAAGUUAAAGCUCAGUGUGCGGAGCCUUUCACAGACUACUGGACUUGUCUGGACUAUAGUGGCCUCUUGGAACUCCGCAUUUGUCGUAAAGAGCAGAUCGCUUUUGAUAACUGUGUCUUUGACAAGUACGGCUGGACACGCCCGGACCUGGGAGAAUUGUCCAAGGUCACCAAAGUGAAAACUGCGCGACCUCUUCCAGAAAACGUUUACCACUCGAGGGAGCGACCAUUGCCCAAUCCUCCUAUAGAUGGAGAGUUAAAGCCGUCCAGAUUUGGUAGUAAGCUCUUCUUCUGGCCCUGGUGA